AUGGAUUGCAACUGUGUCUCGGACCUGCUAUUAACUCCCCCAAUGCCGACUCUCUGGACGCCAGGCUUCGCGUUUCCGGACUGGGCCUACAAGCCGGAGUCGAGCCCCGGGUCACGGCAGAUCCAGCUCUGGCACUUCAUUCUGGAGCUGCUGCAGAAGGAGGAGUACCACGACGUGAUCGCCUGGCAGGGCGACUAUGGCGAGUUUGUCAUCAAGGACCCCGACGAGGUGGCCAAGCUGUGGGGCGUUCGCAAGUGCAAGCCCCACAUGAACUAUGACAAGCUGAGCCGGGCGCUGAGGUAUUACUACAACAAGCGCAUCCUCCACAAGACCAAAGGCAAGAGGUUCACCUACAAGUUCAACUUCAGCAAGGUGAUUCUGGUCAACUACCCCCUACUGGAGAUGGGACACUCCCAGCUUCUGCUCACGCCCAACCCAUUCGGCAGCACCCAGGGUCCCGAAUGCAGCGGCAUCACUCCUGAGACAAUCCAAAGUUUGUUGAACCCGCCCAGACUCCCUGAUGCACGAGCCGGCGAUCUGAGAAACCCGAUCUUCGAACGGGCUGUCCCGUCCACAGAUAACGAGAAACAUCGACUGGAGACUGGACUCGCUUUCCUCAGCUCGGGGACCCACUACUACUCCAAGCCUCCCGCCGUGCUGAGCGCCUACGGACGGAGCGGCCAUCUCUCCGAGUACCCUUGGGGUCUUCCCUCCUACCCUCCGCCCCCCUUCAGCCUGUCUGCCUCCAAGGUGUCGCCCCUCUACCCUCCUCACUACUACCCGGGCACGCUGGCGCACAUCCCUGCCCAGGUCUCCCUCCUGCCUCCCUCUUCCUCCGCUUCUUCCUCCUCUGUUUCUUCCGACUCAGUGGCGGACAGGGUCCCUCCGCCUCUGGGACCCUACCCCCGCCUCUCCCUCGGGCACAAGGGCUUUCCGCCCUGUCCGGUGAUCCAGACGCUGAGGGCGGACCUGGCGCCGACCCCUCUGUCCUCUUCGUCCUCCCACCAACCGCCCCAGCUCCCCUCAGCCGCCUCUGCCCCCUCCUCCUCCGCGUCCUCGGGUAAGGGGCUGGGUUCUGCGGAGGGAGGGGCGCGGACGUGGGUCAAGUCGGAGACGGACUCGGAACUGGAAGUGACGGACCUCAGCGGCUCCGGCUCGGAGGGAGAGGGCGGAGUUGAUCCCCGGCCGAGAGGUCGGAACUGGUGCGUCUCCUCCACACCCCUCGUCGGUCAGCUGGGGACCCGUCCUCACCCUACCCGGGACAUCCCGGAAACUAUCCCUGUUGGGGUGGAGCUGCUUCGUGAAUCCUAA